UAUAAAAAUUGCGGCAAAGUUGGGAACAUCACAGAUAAAAGGUUCGGACGUCAUUAACGAUUUGUGCUGUUCAAUAUGCGAAGAUGAUGGCAUUUAUAAAGAAGGACGAUUUCAUUGUCAGAAAUGUGACAAAUAUCUAUGUGACUGUUGCGUGUUAACGCACAAUAAGUUUCACAAUGAUCAUUCAGUUACAGAAAAAGGUGAAGGUGACAACUGGCCUGUUGACAAAAUAGUCGAUGACACACUGGAGUUAUGUGCGGAGCACUCCACUGAGAAACUGACAAUGUUCUGUGACGAUCAUGAAAAGCUGCUCUGUCAGUUGUGUCUUCUUAAUAAUCACAGGCAAUGCAGUCAGGUUGUUUUAUUGGCUGAAAAGAUCAAAUCAACUGAACAACACAUGGGCGCAGUUAACAUGGCAAAAAGAAUUGAGCAGUUACAGGAACGUUUAGAAGAUGUGGUGAAAAUAGGAGAACAAAGCAUGAAAUCUCUUCAAACUUCCUACAAAUAUGUUCUGGAAGAAAUACUUAGUUUACGUCGAGAGAUCAACGAAAAUUUAGACCGACUGCAACAAGAAACAAUAAGAAAGUUGGAGCAGUUGCAUUCCAGUUUAAAGAUUUCUUUCGAAAACGAUAGCAAGCAAUGCGUUGAAUUUAUUUCGAAGCUAAAGGGAUAUGACAUUAACGGAUCAGAAAAUACUUCGUCUGAGCGAUCGUUUAUUAUCUAUAAAAAAUGUCUAGAUCAAACUGCCUCGGCAGAUGUAUUUCUCCGAAAACAAUUCAGGAAUGCAGACAUUGAAUUUCAGUACAACAAGGAAUUGAAAACAUUUCUUGAUUCUCUCACAGAGCUGGGAAAUAUCACCAUUCAUGAAACUCUUCGCCUCGUUGACCCUUAUAAGGUUUUAAGCAUUAAGGAAAACUGCAAGUACAAGGUGCGGUCGGCAACUGAUACGUUUACCUGUUUCACAGAAGGUAUAUGCGAGUCAGUCAAUGGGGAAUUUAUCAUUGCUGACCGCAACAAUCAAUGCGUGAAACUUCUUGAUCCGGCGUUCAACCUGAUAGAGCAAUUACAACUACCUCUUUCGCCGUACUCCAUUUUUAAGAUAUCAUCUAACGAGAUGGCGGUGGUUAUUGGAAACCUUACUCCUGUAACACAGAUUCAUUUCUUACGAGUCGAGAAAGGAAAGAUUUUAAAGCUUAAUGUCAUAAAACUGAACCAUGAAUGCAACGGUAUCGCUUGCCACCAGGGCGACGUAUUUGUUACGACUCCUACUGCAGUGUGUCAUUAAACAAUAGAAGGGCGGCUGGUGAAGAAGUUGUAUGAGGAUAAAUAUGGAGGAUUUAUGGGAGUUGGAGUAAGCCCUGGUGGACAGAAGAUCUAUGUUACGGCCAAUGAAACUGGCAAGCUCCUCACACUGACGAGGGAUGGAGCAGUCACAGCCUCGUUCAAGGACCCUGCAUUCGUACAUAAGUACCCAAUAAGUAACAUACACAUGACGAGCACAGGGCGGGUGUUUGUCUUUGGUAGCUCUGUAAGUCAGGUUGACACGGACGGCAAGAAAGUCCUCAAUUCCAUAACACUUGAUAUGCCCUCCCCCGGAUCUGUCUACAUCAAUGAAGACACAAACAAGAUGAUUGUUGGAUUGUGGAACAACGAUAACGUCAUUGUGUUCAAAACAAAAACAAAACUUACCUUACUUUUCAUCAUCUUCAUUCAUAACAUAAGAAACUACCAAUGACAUUAAUUAUAUACUCGAUAUAUGUUUGUAUUCCACAUGUAUUCAUAUAUAUAUAUAUAUAUAUUUAUGUUACUCCAAUAUAUUAAGUAGUCAUCCUAUAUGCUUAGUUUUUGUAUGGAACUAAUAUCUGACAUUUCUAUAACCCCCACAAUCAGUGUUACAUACUCAUAUUACUAGGCUAAAAGUUGUGUAUACAAGCAUUAUGAUUUGUUAUGAAAUUAGAACAAAACACAUGCUGUAAUGUGUGUAGCUAUGUUCCUAUGAAAAGGAAAGUGAACAACAAACAUAUCGAAUGUUUAUACAAAAAACACUACGACAUUGCUUACUUUAAGCUUGGUUUAUAAUUGUGAAAUGUUCUGAAAUUACUAAACAGACCGUUUAAAUUAUCAACAAUUAAAUAUACAAGUGGUGUGACUGUAUUCAUUUUCAGUAUAAUACCUUUCAGUUAUACAUUUUCGAUUCAAGUUAUGUUUUGCGUAAGACUUUUUAACUAAUUUUGACUUUAUAAUAAAAUUAUUUUUUAUGGCCUGUUGAGUCUACGUAUAUUGAUCUUUGUUUCUUGCACUUGUAAAGUAACUGUGCAUGUGAUUUUCACAAUUGCAUCAAUAUUGUCAUUAAGCAAGUGGUAUUCACAUAACCAUGGAUGGUGAUAUAGAGAAUAGGUUAGUGUAUUUUUGUACUUGAAUUUAUUCGACGAGCUCCAGAAAGGUUUUCACAUCGAUGCACUUACCUUAUAUUCUAUUUGUUCGACUAUAUUUUGUAAAACAUUCAACAACAACGCUUAAUUGAUUACAAUAACAUAGCUUAUUUUGUGUAUACAUUUAUACAGAUCAAUAUCACCAUGUGUGUACACAGCGUAUUUGCU